AUGGAUUCCAUUGCCUUGACACACAAGCCACAUGCAGUUUGCAUACCAUUCCCUGCUCAAGGUCACAUAAACCCAGUGCUGAAACUAGCCAAACUCCUUCACCACAAAGGGUUUUAUUUAACUUUUGUCAACACAGAGUACAACCAUAAGCGCCUGCUGAAAUUUCGAGGUCUCAUCUCCCUUGAUGGCCUUCCGUCCUUUACGUUCAAGACAAUUCCCGAUGGUCUCCCUCCCACUGAUGCCGAUGCCACGCAAGACAUAGCAUCCCUUUGCGUAUCCACAAGGACAAAGUGCCUAUCUUACUUCAAGGAGCUUCUCUCAAAGCUGAACUCUACACCAAAUAUUCCUCCGGUCAGUUGCAUUAUUGUUUCGGAUGGUGUCAUGAACUUCACUGUUGAGGCAGCCCAAGAACUGGGCCUUCCCGAAAUUCUUUUCUGGACAACUAGUGCUUGUGGCUUCAUGGCCUACAUGCAGUAUCAGAAUCUCAUUGAUGAGGGUCUUAUUCCUCUUAAAGAUGCCUCUUGUUUGACAAAUGGCUAUUUGGAAACUGAGAUAGACUGGCUAUCGGGCAUGAGAGGUGUAAGAUUGUCAAAAUUGGUUGUAUAUGGAAAGGAAGAAGUACAAGUACACAAAGGAGAUAGAACAAUGACAUAUGAGUCUAUACUCUAUAGCAUGGGCCAACCAAAGAAGAAAACAUUUAGAAUCCUCAUUGCUAGCUGGUCCAGAAAGUUUUAUGCAGGUGAUGCAAACGAGUAUUUGAAAGAAAUGACUAAGCACAGGAUUCUGAUCGAAUUAAAGAGAAUUUUAGUUUCUUCAAAUAGCUCAAUCAAAGAAUCAUAG